AGCUGUCACGAAUCCCGCCGGGAUCCCGCUGUCUUUUGGUUUUCAGACCAUGGUGAGAAUGUCCAGAGAGCUACUGAUGCAUACGGAGGUCUCCGGCUCUAGGACCUGAUGACCCGCAAUGAUGUGGCUGGGGACUUCAGGGAAGAAAGGGCACUGCUUAGAGAAUCGUCUUCAGGAAUGCCACCCAGCACAGUUAGAAGAAUGGGCUCUUAAAGGGGUUUCGAGACCAAGUGUAAUCUCCCAGCUGGAACAGAAAGAAGAGCCCUGGGCUCUACCACUCCAAAGCUCCGGGGCAAGGAAGAUCCUAAGGGAAAGUCGCACAGACUUUGAGAAUCAGGUGGGAAAACUCCAUCAGGGCGUUUCUGAGACAGCAGAACAACAUGGGGCAUCCUCCGAAGGCGCCAGGAAAGUUAUUUCUCGUACUCCAAGCUGGGGAGGAAGCUGGGAGAGGGGCCUUGGGUUAGAGGAGUGCGGCACCCUCCCGGGAGGAGGCUAUCAGGAGCCCUUUUCCCAGCACGAGGAUUUAAACCAGCUCCUGGACGGAUACGUAGGAAAGAAGCCCGUGUGCGCAGAAUGUGGGAAGAGCUUCAACCACAGCUCCUAUCUCAUAAGACACCUCAGAACUCAUACGGGCGAGAGGCCUUAUAAAUGCAUCGAGUGUGGGAAAGGCUUCAAGCAGAGUUCCGACCUUGUCACCCAUCGCAGAACACACACAGGGGAGAAACCCUACCAGUGCAAUGGGUGUGAGAAAAAAUUCGGCGACAGCUCAACACUCAUCAAACAUCAGAGGACCCACACAGGCGAGCGGCCCUACGCGUGCCCCGAGUGCGGGAAGACCUUUGGGCGCAAGCCACACCUCAUAAUGCACCAAAGAACCCACACGGGAGAGAAGCCCUACAUGUGCCUCGAAUGUCACAAAAGCUUCAGCCGCAGCUCCAAUUUCAUCACCCACCAGAGGACCCACACGGGAGUGAAGCCUUACCGCUGUCAGGACUGCGGGGAGAGUUUUAGCCAAAGCUCGGAUCUGAUUAAGCACCGGCGGACCCACACGGGAGAGCGGCCCUUCAAGUGCCCCGAGUGCGGGAAGGGCUUCCGAGACAGUUCUCAUUUUGUAGCUCACAUGAGCACUCACUCGGGGGAAAGGCCUUUUCCUUGCCCCUCCUGCCACAAGACUUUCAGUCAGAGCUCACACCUGGCCACGCACCAGAGGACACACACAGGGGAGCGGCCUUUCAAGUGCGACCACUGCGGCAAAGGGUUCGCCGACAGCUCCGCCCUCGUCAAGCACCAGCGGAUCCACACGGGAGAAAGGCCCUACCAGUGCGGCGAGUGCGGGAAGAGCUUCAGCCAGAGCUCCCACUUCCUGACCCAUCAGCGGAUCCACUUAGGGGACAGGCCAUAUCCGUGUCCCGAGUGCGGCAAAACCUUCAACCAGCGGUCCCACUUCCUGAUGCACCAGAGGACACACACAGGAGAGAAGCCUUUUCACUGUGGUCAGUGCGGCAAGAGUUUCCGUCAGAAAGCGCAUCUCUUAUGCCACCAAAACACUCAUUUGAUUUAGGGGGAAACGUCUUCAGUGGUUCUGCUGCGCCCCUCCAAAUUUCCAUCGGUACUGCCUUCAGGCACCCCGGAGAGAGACGACGUGAACCUGGGCGUCGGUGACUCAAGCUGGGCCCUGAUGGGCUUCCUCUCUUUUUCUUUUGUUUUUUCCCAUGUUUUAAUGGGGUGAUGAUAAACCUAUAGGAUCCAAGUAAUUUGUGUUUUGAACACCAAAGGCAUUCCUUCAGUGUUUUCCAUGGACUCUCAGACACGGAAAGAUGGUUGAAGCCUGGUUACUAAAAGGGAAGUGAGAUAAAUGUGGCCCAGAGGUCUCACAUUGUCUCACUUGGUGCCUAGUACAGUGCCUGGCACCAAGUAGGUGCUCAGUAGCAAAAAGGCCACAUUAUCACUAUAAUGACCAACAUCGGCCUUAUUACGCAGGAAGGAACUUACUAGUGCAGCUCUGCAAGCCGAGGACUUGCAGGAAACCAGGUUGGCGCUAGGAGAUUCGGGGUGCCGGAGCACAGGUUUAACAAAGCGGCAUUAGCCGGCAUUCGUCACCCGAUGUCUCAUGGCCAUGACAAGGCAGGAUUGCCACAGAGGAUGUCUGCAGUCUUGUGACUAAGAGGCUGAAGGAAUUUCAGGAGCUUUCUGUGCAGCGGGCCCGAGGUACUCCCACGGGAGGCCCGCUGCCGUCUGAGGCACAGAGCUAUCCAGUGACGGGCAGGCCAGAGGGACCUGGGAGAGGAAUGUAACACGUGGACGCGACAUUCCUGAGGCUGUUAAGCAAUGUCGCAGGGGCCCUUCCGGGCAGUCAGCUGCGGGAGACAGCUCCCGCUUCCGAACUCGCUAGGUCACUUGCCUUUUAAUUACUCUGACCCUUCGAGGGCCACCCACUGCACGCACUGGUACAUUCCUAUAUUUAACUGAAAUGCACUGAGGGAGGAACUGACUCCGCCGAGAACGUGACCUGUUUGGGUCCUGGCCCUGACACUUGACCUUGGCCGGACCUUGGCCGGACAUCAGCCUUCUCUCGGGCCCUACCUUCCCUGCCUCACAAGGUGGUUGUGAGGCUCUAAUACACACACACACACACACGCAGGCACGCACAUGAGCACUUUGUUGUUAAACUAUAAAGCGUAAUAUCUCUAAAAGCUUAAUGCUACAGUAUUGUCGCAAAUGCCUCUUUUUCCCAGGAACUCUGGAUAAUUCUCUCUCAUAAUGAGGCACUUCUUUUCUCUCCCGCUGAAAACGGAAGGCCUGACAAAUGUCAGGUGGCUCGUUAUGGGUCACGUAGUCAACAGAAGAGCCAGCUUUUGGCCGCAGGUCUCCUCGUGACAGCGUGGGACAGGGCAGUCCUGGGGUUUGCCCGUGUCCCUGAGACACGGCAGGACCCGAGCACACGUGUUAUCCCCGUCAAACGGCUCUGGCUUCGGAGAUGGUGGAGGCACGUAGCCUAAGUUCCCGGGAUCUUUAUAGGAUCCGGGGCUGGGGGUCCUUGAUCCGCGAGGGGUAAGAGCGGACAGGUAAGGGCAGAUGCCAGGGGGUAGGGAGGGCGCUGGGUGUUUCCUACUCUACCUAGAGAGAAAGUGGGUGCCUCACGGUGUUAUAGACUCAAUUAUUACAUCAGCCUUGUAACACUAGCCUGUUCCCUCCCACUGUGUGCAAUGCCAUCUGAGGGCUUCCACUCACGGGGGCCAGGACUAAGCUCGCUCUUUAAUGGGGAAAGUAGAUAUUUGACCAGGGGGAAAAAACAAAUCUGAUCAAUUCAGUGCAGUGGGUCUCAGAAGGUGAGCCCAGACCUGUAUCAGUAGCAUCCGGGAACUUGAUAGAAAUGCAGAUUCUAAGUCCUUGCCCCAGACCUCCUGAACCGGAAACUCCAGGGGUAAUAAU